UGAUCAUUCAUUUCAUUCUUUCAGACUUCUUAGUGCCCCCCCAUCGUGCGUGUUCUGUCUCAAAUGCCCUGUCGGCCAACCGCGCGUGCUCGUGAAUAUUCUCCUCGUCACUCGUUCAACCGGCCCGAAUGUAUCGGGCCUCCCUGCGGUCUGUCUCAGACCCUCUGCGCGAGCAUGUCUGUCUAUCGUGUUUAGCUCGCGGCUUCGGAGCCCAGCCGCGGGCUCGCCGCUUCCACACCUCGCCCUGGCUGCGCUCCCAGGCUGCUGAGUCCGCUCCUCUCGCCUUAGAGGAGCAAUUAAAGGCGUUGGAGAAGCAUCUUCCCGAUAGAAGCAAACCACCGAAGUCAAAGAAUGCAUCCCUGACCCAGGAGGCCAAGAGAGCUGCCCGAAAGGCCGCCAAGCAGGAGGCCUCCCGACUGCGGAAAGAUCCCGCCAAGCAGGAAGUCAAGAACGAGACCACCCCGGAGGCGACCAAGCCAAAGGACAAGAAGCCUCGUGGCCGGCAGCAAGACAACCCCGAGACUGAUGCAGCAAAACAGGUACCAGUGGUCCCAAGGCUACAGUUUGCUGCCCCGAUCACCCAGAAGGACACCGGCAAAAUCAAUGCGGAUCGCCAUUCUAUUAAAGCCUUGGAUGUUGAGACCCCCGAAGUCCCGCGAUUGUCCUUUGGCUUGGACCGAGUCCUAUUUAACCCGGGAGUCUAUCAUCUCCGUGAUCCUCGAUCGCGCGUCUACAAUUUCGACCCAUAUCUUGGCUCCAUCAUGCCCGUCACGGAGUUCGACUUUGAAGCGUUGAAGGAAUACAUCACCUCCUCCAAGGAUGAGCUGCUACGGGAUCUCGCGCGGAAAGAAGGAAGGAAAUACAUCGGCUCCUCGUCGAGUAUGACCUCGGUCCUGUCCCAUUUUCACUACCUCCUAUCGUCCUGGAGGGAGGUUAAUACCUUGUCCAUGUCUCGGGGUUUCCAGGAUAAGCUGCGGACAUUCACACGGCUCUUGCGGGCCCCCUCGGCCAUGUUCCUGCGAUACCAAGACGGCGUUUAUGCCAUCGAUGCGGAUAAGGAACACGACUCGGCCAACAUUCUCAUGAACCUGGGCAAAUCGAUGGAGAAGCUGUUGACCCUGCCCAAGGAAGACUUCGAGCGCUACCGACGAUCCAGCGCCAACAAGAUCACCGCCGAGGAGGAGCAGGCGGUGCCCGAAGCUUAUCACUACUCGACUUAUGGGGAUUUCCUGAUGCGCUCACAGUUGGAUGCGUAUGACCCGCGGCUCCCCGGCACCGGCAUGUUCGACCUGAAGACCCGGGCGGUGGCGUCAAUCCGCAUGGACGCGAAGAACUUCGAGCAUGGUCUAGGCUAUGAGAUCCGGAAAGUUCACGGCACGUACGAGUCGUACGAGCGCGAGUACUAUGACAUGAUCCGGGCCGCUCUCCUCAAGUAUUCACUCCAGGUGCGAAUCGGUCGCAUGGACGGCAUCUUCGUGGCCUUCCACAACAUCGAGCGCAUCUUCGGGUUCCAGUACCUCAGUCUGCCCGAACUGGACUCGGCUCUUCACGGACAGUAUGACACGGCACUGGGAGACCGAGAGUUCCUCUUGAGUCUGCAGCUCUGGAACAAGGUCCUCGACAAGGCCACGGCCCGCUUCCCGAAACAAUCGCUCCGGUUCCACUUUGAGACCCGCGAUGCCACUGUGAGCCAGCCAUUCAUGUACAUCUUCGUGGAGCCAGUCACGGAAGAGGAGAUCCACGCCAUUCAGACGAGGAACCAGGCCGAGAUCGAUGCUUACCAGCGCCGCGUACUGGACCUGCCCUCACACGCCAAUGAAGAAAACGAACUGAGCGACGCCGAGGGCAUCCCCGCCGAUUUCGACUCUCCUAACCCAGCCGAAGAAUCGGCCGAGGAAGUGACGACCGGAGACGAAACCUCGCCUGCCAGCGAGGGCAAAGAGAUCAUGGGCUUCGCCCUCGCGAUCCGGAACAUCGUCGACGGCGAACAGGUUGAGCGGCCCGUCCAGUUCCAGACCCCCACCAAGUGGACCGUGGACUAUGAGUUAAACCACCUAGCCCCAGGCAAGAUUUCGCAGCUUUACAGCUCCUGCCAGCGUCGCCGGCAGAUUGCCCUCAACGGUCGCGGCGAGGACGAGACCGAGGUCGCCGCCAACGUAUACAUCCGCCGUCUUCGCGAACUGGCCAAGAAGGGCCGCAAGUACCGCAAGGAGCAGAACAAGCUGGACGAACAGUCCGAGGCCGUCGUCCUGCGCGAUUAGACUUGACUUAAAUUCCCCCCUCAAGCUGGCCAUUUUCUUUCCCCCUGACAGGCGAGAUGGGACAUGAUGAUGAUGCCCGCGGCGCGACGAUAGUCAUGCAUCUAUCCAUCCCUCUGUUUGUCUCCUUCUAUACCACCAUCCAACAUUGCCUUCUAUAGAUACCUCAAGCUCCAACUGUAUGUAUACUAUAAUGUUUUCAACGCGCUCCUUUCACAUACCAACCAUCAGCCGCCAUCAGAUCAAGACCAAAAUGUCCUUCGAACUGAAGUAGUUGCUUGGUCUGGUCUCGUCUUUUGUGUUACGUCUGUUCAGGAUUCAAGGCGUCGGUAUUGCAAUUUGGGAAAAUGACUACUAUGCUCUUACGUGUGCUCUACUGUAUCAUCUAUUGUUCAUGUAAUUGUAAGUUUCUGGGUUCAAGGAAGUUCAUGUCAGUUCAUAUCUUGACUAGUGAAGUAUC